CCAAGAUGGCGAUGGAGAUGAGGCUUCCCGUGGCUCGCAAGCCUCUUAGCGAGAGCAUGGGCCGCGAUACUAAAAAACAUCUGGUGGUUCCGGGGGACACGAUCACCACGGACACGGGAUUCAUGCGGGGCCAUGGAACUUACAUGGGGGAAGAGAAGCUCAUUGCAUCUGUGGCUGGCUCAGUGGAGAGGGUAAACAAGUUGAUCUGUGUGAAAGCUUUGAAAACCAGAUAUAAUGGUGAAGUAGGAGACAUUGUGGUGGGGAGAAUCACAGAGGUUCAACAGAAGAGGUGGAAGGUGGAGACCAACUCUAGGCUGGAUUCAGUCUUGCUUCUGUCAUCCAUGAAUCUUCCUGGAGGAGAGCUGAGGAGAAGAUCUGCAGAAGACGAGCUGGCCAUGAGAGGUUUCUUGCAGGAAGGGGAUCUUAUCAGUGCGGAGGUGCAGGCAGUGUUCUCUGACGGAGCUGUCUCUCUGCACACAAGGAGUCUGAAGUACGGCAAACUAGGCCAGGGGGUGUUGGUCCAGGUUUCCCCCUCCCUCGUCAAACGGCAGAAGACUCACUUCCAUGAUUUGCCCUGUGGGGCCUCAGUGAUUCUUGGUAGCAACGGCUUCGUCUGGAUCUACCCCACACCCGAGCACAAAGAAGAGGACGCGGGGGGCUUCACUGCAAACCUGGAGCCCGUCUCCCUCGCCGACCGAGAGGUGAUCUCCCGGCUCCGGAACUGCAUCGUCUCGCUGGUCACCCAGAGGAUGAUGCUGUAUGACACCAGCAUCCUGUAUUGCUACGAGGCAUCCCUUCCACACCAGAUCAAAGACCUCUUAAAGCCAGAAAUAAUGGAGGAAGUAGUUAUGGAAACGCGCCAGAGGCUUUUAGAACAGGUGGGGUGAGGAGAGACAUCUGAAGGACAGGACGGUCUGUACCUGACCGGAGCAGUUCUGGAAAGUGAAGAAUCUGAUUUGUGGUCCCAUGUGUGGCUCUGUGGAGAACUGACACUCAUCACCUGACCUGUAUCGGGCUACCUCUGGCCCAAAGACCUGCUUUCUCCUGUUUGAGGGCAGAGCCUGGGGAAGUGCUGCUGGCCCCUUUGGUUGCCUGCAGAGACCGGUGCUACGGGUAGUUUCAGGCCUUUAUUUUUUUUU